AUGCGCAUCGUUUGCAUUGGAGCGGCACCGACAGGCUUGGGAGCAGCAUUUCGUCUCAAUGAACUGAUCCAGGAAAAGGAGGAAAAUGCCGAAGAUGUUGAAAUGGUAAUCCUUGAAAAGGAAGCCUAUGCCGGUGGACUUUCAUGCACGGUAAAGGAUGAGAAGGGUUUCCUUUGGGAUAUGGGAGGUCAUAUCACCUUCAAUCACAAUUUUCCUUACUAUGAGAAAGCUGUGAAGUGGGCUGUAGAUGAGUGGAACAGCCUUCAGAGAAACUGCAUGGUGAGCGAAAAAUCCUACUUUUUUUAA